AUGAGUACUUCAAUUAAUAAUGUAUUGUUGGGGAAUUAUAUUCCUCCAACCAAUAAUAGAAAUAAUACAGUAUUGAAUUUUAUGGAUAAUAUUGAUAGAAUAUUAAAUUUAAUGAAAUCUCAAUUUCCACAACUCCAAUAUUCAGGACUCUAUUCAUUAAAUGAAAUCAUUUUAUCAAAGUUUAAAUAUAUGGUUACCGUAUUUGCAAACUAUAGAUCAAUGAUUCCACUUAUUAACUUAUUAAAAUCUAAAGAAAAGAAAACAAAUGAAACUAUAAUGUCAAUACUUUGGAAUUUUUCUGCUGAAGAAAAUUUAAAAACUAAAAUGUUUGAUGAAGGAGUAUUAGAUACCUUAUUGGAAGUAUUGGAUACUGGAAAUUAUAGAGAACAAUUAUUAUCAUCAUCGGCCAUUAUUCAAAAUCUAUCAGAAUAUAAAUUUGAAAGUGGAAGAGUCAAUCCAAACCAAUUAAAAAUCGUUCGAAACACCAAAGUACUAAAACUCAUCAUCGAGCGAUCCAAAAACAGAGACAACAAGAUCAAGUUUUUGUCAUGUCUCACUUUGUGUAAUCUAAGCAUGCACGAAGAGAAUAGAGCCAUCCUACGAAACCAUGGUUGCUUUGAAAGUAUUGGUCAAUUUGUACAAGACAAUAUUGGAGUGGUUGAAUUCCCAGCAAACUUUAAUUGGGUCACUCUUCAACCUCAUAUUCCAUUAUUAGAUUCUAAAGAUUUAGAAGUACAAAUGUUUGUAUUAUAUUGUGUAAAUAGUUUUGUUUGUUCUGAUAAAUAUAAAAAAGAAAUGUUAUGGAGAACUCUUGGAGAGAAUAAUAGUGGUAUUUCAUUACUUAGAUUAUCAAAAUCAGAUAAUGAAAUGGUCAAGGAAUAUGCCACUAGAAUUUGUUCCAAGCUGGGAAUGGGAGAGUGCUCUGUCAUUGUCGAAGAUGAAGAUGCAACCAUGAAACGACAACUCCAAGUAUUAUUUAAUAACAAAACUUUAUUCCCAGAUUUUAUAUUAAAAUUAAAAGAUCAAGAAGAAAUAUACUUGCAUCAAUCUAUUUGUUUAUCAAGAUGUCCAAAAUUAAAGGAAUGGUUGGCCAAUGAAGACUCCAAGAUUGAAACGAUGGUAAUGGAGGAUAAUUUCGGGUCGAUACGCGAGAUUGACGCAUUGGUCAUCCACAACCAACAAGACUUUAAGGUCAUCGGCAAUCUCUACAACUAUCCACCAUCACCAUACUUUAAUUCCAAGAUGCUAGUAUCUCCUCCACACCCAGCCGACAAUAGUUCACCUUCUAUGGCAUCCCUCACCAUAUCUUCACCCAUUUCAUGUGAUCCUCAGUCUACUACUACUAGCACUAGCACUAUGUCUGCCACUACAACAAGUGACAAUCUACCAUCAUCCAAUUCAACUACACCAACAUCAUCUCCAUCAUCGUCUACACCCAAUAGUCCAACAAGCAACGUAAAGAAACCAGGAUCAGCUUUUGAAGAAAAAGAAAAGGUUCCUAAAAAGAGAGUAAAAACUGAAGGUGAUAGAGAUGUUUCUACAUCACCUAGUGGUAAAUCAAGAGAAAGAUCAUCUUCAUCAUCUUCUUCUUCUUCACCAAGAGGUGGAGGUGGUGGAAGAGACAGAGACAGAGACAGAGACCGUGAAAGAGAAAGGGAUAGAGACAGAGAUAGAGAUAGAGAAAGAGAAAGAGAUCGAGAAAGAAAGCCAGCACCGCGUUUAAUUAAUUCAAGUCAUGAUGAAUUCAUUUGGGGUUUAUCUUUGAAAAAGAAAGAUGUAAAUGGUGAUUCUCCAACGACGACAACAACCAAUGGUAAAGAUAAUAAUAAUAAUAAUAAUAAUAAUGCAAGUUCAAGUAAAGAUUCUGGAAAGAGUUUUACUUCAUCGUCAAGACCAAGUUCGUCGUCAUCUUCAUCUUCAUCUUCAUCAUCAAGACCAUCUUCAUCAUCGUCCUCAUCCUCUUCUUCAAGACCAUCCUCAUCAUCGUCUUCAUCAUCUUCAUCUUCUUCUUCAAGACCAUCUUCAUCCUCAUCAUCAUCUAGUAAUUCAUCUGUAAAAAAACCUCCACCAUCAUCUUCAUCAUCUUCAUCAUCCUCAUCAUCUCACAAGAAUAGUUCAAAUGACUAUAAAUCAUCCUCAUCCAAAUCAUCUACACCAUCCAAGUCAACAUCUACGACAACAUCAAAACCAACACCAUCACCUUCACAAUCAACAAUUAAGAAACUAACACCAAAACCAUUGCCAUCUUUAUCAAGACCGCCGACCAUAGCAUCAUUACCUUCAAGACCUUUACCAUCUUUAUCAUCGUAUUCGUCAUCUUCAUCAUCUAGCUCACUAUCAGCAUCAAAAAAAGCAUCAAAUGAUUUAUUACCACCAUUAUAUAAGGAAUUACCUCCUGCACCACGACCAGUAAUCGUAAAGGUUGCACCAAAUUCAUCAUUAUCUGGUUCAGUUUGGGGAACAAAAGGAAUAGAUCCAAAAUCAACUCAAGUUGGUAGUGGCAGUAGCGGUAGACCAUCUACAUCAACAUCAUCAAAUUCAAGAGGUAGUAGCAGUGACAAAGGUAAAAGAUUGUCACCAAGCGUAUCAGGAAAAGAACCAAGAUAUGGGACACAUGGAAGACCACCUCCACCUCAUACACCACCAAGAAAAUCAGGAUCCUAUCAAAGACCUAGUAAAUACUCGGAUGACGAGUAUAGCGACGACGACGAUAGUCGCUCUGAUAGCGACGACGAUGAUAGAGACGAUGAGUCAGAUUCAAUGGAUGACUUUAUCGAUAACGAAGACUAUGAUGCUACUGACCCAAUCAUGAGACAAUUCCUCAAGGGUAUGUCGGCGAGAAAGAGAUCGUAUCGAGAAGACCGAUUCUUUGAUGACAAAUCAAUGAUUGCCUCUGCCGAAGACAUUGAAGCAGAGGAACGUAGAUCAAGUUAUCACGCAGCACAAGAAGAUAGAUUGGAAAGAGAAAGAGAAGAAAGUCUUCGAAAAGAAAAAGAAGAAAGAAAAAGAAAAUAUAAUAAUUCAAGAUAA